AAUAGGCGGAAGUGGAGGGAAAAGCAGAAGCCGAGAGGGCAGUUUUCCGGGUGGGGCUGAGAAUGUCCGGGUCGGACCGGCCGGUACUGGAGGGGCAACUGCACAUCAAGCAGAAUAAGUUCGGGAAGAAAUGGAAGCGCUGCCACGCCCUGCUGUACCCCGACUCCCCCUUCGGGGUGGCGCGCCUGGAGUUCUACGACUGGAAGGAGGGGCCGGUGCCGGGAGAUAAGGUCCGUCGGGCCUCGGAUCGCAAGGUUCUGCGUCUGGCAGAAUGCAUUUGUGUGGCCCCAGCAGCCUCAGAGAGUGGCCCCAAGGAGAACAUGGUGGCUUUCAGUCUGGAAACCAAUGACAAGACCGUUCUGCUGUCCGGCGACCGCGGCGUCGCCAGUGAGUGGGUUCAGAAAGUGUGCGAGUUGGCAUUCCCGAGCAAAUCAUCAUCUCAGGAGAAGGAACCCCCAGACCCCCCAGUCUCCUCGUCCCUCGAAAUGUCUGUCAACAGCCUCUAUGUGUCCCGAGAGGAGGUGAUGAGUGACUUUCGGGUCACGGUGCAGAGGACGGAGGCUGCAGAGCGCUGCUCGCUCCAUGGUUCCUAUGUUCUGAGGACAGAAUCGGAUUGUUUGCUGCUGAAGGAUCCCAACUCAAAGGAAACGCUUUACUCCUGGCCGUACAAACUGCUGCGCAGAUAUGGGAGGGACAAGGUGAUGUUUUCAUUUGAGGCCGGCAGACGAUGCUCCUCAGGUCCUGGCAAUUUCACCUUUGAGACCUCCCAAGGCCAUGAGAUCUUCCAGCGGGUUGAAUCCUCUAUCCGGGCACAGCAGGGAUCCGACAACCGCUUGAGUUGCCCAACUCUGGACACUGAUUAUGCAACUGAAGUCCCUUUGGAGCUUAGUGUCCCUGAGGCUCAGAAUAAAAUUGGACCAGUCAGGAAGGAUCCAGAGGAGAAACCUCUGAAAGGCCGGACACUUCCCAACCUGCCUGGGCUUAAGUCUACCCCUCAACAUCUUCUUGAGCACUCUGGCCUUGGAGCAAAAUCUGGUAGCUCCAGCACUCCCCCUCGCUCCCCAGUCUCUAGUUCUGCAAGUCGCCAUUUAGAGAUGGAUCAAGAGCAGCUAGCCGGGGUCUAUUCUGAGCCCAAGGAUUCUGUUAAAGUUGUAAAACCGCAGUUUGACCCCCUAUAUUCUGACCCAGUGGACUGUGUAGCUGGUAAAGGUGUGAAAGGAGAAAGGUCCAAAUUGGAUCCCAGUGAGAUGUCUCCUCUGUACUCGGCAGGGCCAGUACAGAUGGGAGGGCAGUGA